ACUCCCUCAUUCCGCUGCGAGCUGGACCGACUGAAGGAUUCACCGGAACUUCAGCCCGUGCGGCUGUCACAGUUUUAAAUAGGGGUUCGGUCCAAUAUGGCGGAAGACGGAUGGAAAUACUGAUGACAGUCCGAAAGAUCGCCUCGAUUUGUACGAUGGGCGCCAAUGCCUCUGCUUUGGAAAAGGAGAUUGGACCGGAACAGUUCCCUGUUAAUGAACACUACUUUGGGCUGGUCAAUUUUGGCAACACCUGCUACUGUAACUCAGUGCUGCAGGCACUGUACUUUUGCCGGCCCUUCCGGGAGAAAGUCCUGGCCUAUAAGAUCCAGCCGCGACGUAAAGAGAGCCUGCUCACCUGCUUGGCUGACCUGUUCAACAGCAUUGCAACUCAGAAGAAGAAAGUGGGAGUCAUUCCACCAAAGAAGUUCAUCUCCAGGCUGAGGAAGGAAAAUGAGCUGUUUGACAACUACAUGCAGCAAGACGCACACGAAUUCCUCAACUACUUGCUCAACACCAUUGCAGAUCUGCUACAGGAGGAAAAGAGCCAGGAGAGACAACAGAAUGGAAAGGUAGUACAGAAUGGUGGAAGCGGAGGAGGAGGUGGAAGCGGUAGCAGCACAGGAGAGGGUGAAACGGAGGAAAAGACCCAGCAGACCUGGGUGCACGAGAUCUUCCAAGGCACACUGACCAAUGAGACACGGUGCCUGAACUGUGAAGCGGUGAGCAGUAAAGAUGAAGACUUCCUAGACCUUUCAGUGGACGUGGAGCAGAAUACCUCCAUCACACACUGUCUUAGGGGAUUCAGCAACACAGAGACCUUAUGUAGUGAAUGCAAGUACUACUGUGAGCAAUGCAGAAGUAAACAGGAGGCUCAGAAAAGGAUGCGGGUGAAGAAAUUACCCAUGAUCCUGGCCCUGCACCUAAAGCGCUUUAAGUAUAUGGACCAGCUUCAUCGCUACACCAAGCUCUCUUAUCGUGUAGUCUUCCCUCUGGAGCUGAGGCUCUUUAACACCUCUGGUGAUGCUACCAACCCUGAUCGAUUGUACGACCUGGUGGCUGUAGUGGUGCACUGUGGGAGUGGUCCAAAUCGAGGUCAUUAUAUCACUAUAGUGAAGAGUCAUGGCUUCUGGCUGCUGUUUGAUGAUGACAUUGUAGAGAAAAUAGACGCCCAAGCGAUCGAGGAAUUCUUCGGUUUGACAUCGGACAUCUCCAAAAACUCUGAGUCAGGGUAUAUACUCUUCUACCAGUCUAGAGACUGAGCCAGCAGGAGUGACUGACAGAAUGGGAGGGCGUGAUUUGUAAGAGACCGGAUCAGGCAGAUAGGGAGGCUUGGGCUUUGUUGACACAGCUCGGCCCCCUGCUCCAUCCCCUCUCAGUCAAGUCCCUUUUCAUCCAGGCUUAUCAGUGGAGCUUUGCACCGGAGCAUCAAUCGGGCCCCAGGCAGGAGCAGUUGAUGUCAGAGUGACCUGGACACAGCACAGUAAUCAUCAGGCAGAAGUAAUCGCCAUCUGGUUCGCCUUCGACUCACUCGCCUGCUUUGUGUUGCUCGGCACACACCAAAACGCACAUAUAUACAUGUGAAAUGAGCUAAACAUAUGUCUUGAUGGCCUGAGAAUGGACAUUGUACAAACCUUUGUUUUCCCCCACCACACAUAGUAAUAAGGUUCAUUUUGAUAAUCUGGUUCACUUCUCUACACAUCACGUUCGUCAUCGCUGGGUGGUGUGUCAUGAUUUUUGUUUUGACACAAUGUCAUGAUCAGUCCAGAAAGCCGCUUGACAGUUCUUCACCCUCAGAUGUCCAUCUGCAGUGUCAAACAUGGCACAUCAUGCUACAUCAGUGUCAACCAGCUAGUUAUAAAUGUGUUGUAUGCAGAACCAGUAGCUCAUGUUGUAAUUAUAGUAGAGCUGCUCCACCUGAAUGGAUAAACCUGACCAUGUUUAAAUUAGCUUGAAGGGGAUGAGCAUUUUUUGUGUUGAGAACUUGACAAGUGAUUUCAUGUAGGGCCUGUGGAUUGAUGGGUGCUCUGCUCUGUUAAGUAGAGAGGAUUGUGGAUACCAGAGUAGUGCCUGUAUACAGGAUGUGGCUUGGCUUAAGAAUGCUCUUUCAGUAUUCAACGAAUGUAAAACAUUCUGCUAGUUCUUGUGCACUGCAAGUGAGUGUACAGCUUGAUUGUGUCAUAUAGUGCGCACUAACUGUAAAGCGUAACAGAUGGAGAUAGAAAUUAGGGCUUUAUAUUAUUCUGAAUACAAGUUAAAGCUCAUAAAUACCUGUCUUGUUGAAACCAAAUGCUGCACACAUUUCCAGUCGUGUUUCAUUAACACUGUGAGCUUGUCUGAAAUGAAUGUGGACUCAUUCAGUUUAGCCAUUAAACAGUCGAAAUGUUGGUUAAUUCAAACAUAAUAUGAGGGUAGUGUAUCACCUUUAUAACUCCAUUAUAAAGUCUCCUGAUUCAUUAAGCCGAUUGAAUUGGCUGCAUCUACUCUUUAAUCUCAGCAACUCUUCUCUAGAUCUCUAUAGUCUCCUCUGCCCACUUAAUAAUGUUUUAACUCAGCAUAGACCUAGAUGGGAAGUGAAGUACAGCCGAUGCUGAAGUACAGUUUUAGAUCUGUCUGUAAAUGCCAGGCUUAAGCUGUGACUUGCUCAAACCUGAAUGGCUCAGUGAUGGUUAGAUUGGUUAAGGGGACUCAGGAAAGGAUUGGUUCUAGUUUGUGGAUGUUGCACAGCCAGAAGGAUGAGCCACUUCUCCCAGUUCACUCGCAGCUAGUAAAUAUUUACAAGACUAGACCACCCUGCAAUUAGAUUUAUAGGCAAAAAAUAAACGCACUCAGCAAGAUUAGGUAUUGAAGUCUUGUAAGGCAAAAAGUACAUACUAGUGAGGUACCGCGGUAAAAUAUUCCAGUUUUGCUAAGGUUUUUCUUGAAAGGUUUUCAGAAACAAAAUUGCCUAGCCUGUUGUCCUCAUCUAAUUUUUUCCCCAACCGAAUAGUUGUGACUAAAAUGGAUAGUAUAAAAAUUAAAAGGUGGUUGGUUUUUUCAUUUCAGGUUUCCUUUGUAAACUACACUGGUUUUAUUUGAUUGUUGGUUUGACAAAAAUGCGCUUUAAUCUGUGAAGGGUCAAAACUAACAGUGCUGCUGAUUAUUAUUCCAUUCAUCCUGUAAAGUCUAGUUGGUAUCAAUGCAUGCGUGGUAUAACAAUUCUUGACAUUGUUAUAAAGCAUGUAUAAAGGUCUUAUAAACAAGACAUCACAAUGUUUGUACAGAAGUUUAAGCUUCUCGCUGGUCAGUUUACCUGCUGGCAUUAAGUAGACUGAGCUAUAUGUUGAAAUAAACUGACAUAUGGUGCCAUGUCAUGUAAAUUACACAUUUACACAUGCUAUGUAAGAGUGUUUGUAGAUGUGUCAUCAUCACAGUUGAAUUAAGGCUUGUCCAAGCUGAGUUAACUGGAUAUAUUAUUUUUGAAAUUGGCUUGUGAUCUAGUAGUUAAGGUGGAAGGAAUGUUUCUUUUAUUUGGGCUUUUAUUUAUGUGUAAUUAUAAAUGUUAUAUUAACUUUUCUUUGACAUUCUCAUUUUUUAUACAUUUGUUCAUUUGUUCUUUAUUUGGACACCAGGUCUGUUGUAUGUUAUGUGGAGAGAGCGGUGAAACAGAAAUGUAAGGUUGAUGAUGUUGGAAUUAUCAGAUUAAUGCUGCAAUCUUGAGACUUGUUACUAGUCAUAGAAACAGUUAAUGCACUGAUUACAUUAACAGCACCCUGAGAGUUUUGGCAUUAGCAGACAGACAUAAACUACAUCAAAACAUGAGACAAACACAAGCUAAUGCUACGUCAUGCUAAUGUUAGUUGUGUUUCAUCCUGCCCCUUCCAAUAACAUUGUAAUAAUGUUUAUUCCAUACUGGGUUUGAAAAGAAAAGUGCACUUUCGAUAAAGCAAUGUACAAAUUGUAAACCAGGUGAAUUAUCUGGUUUUGGAGUGGAGUGGACAGCAUGGAUGAAAGAUGGGACUCACCCUGUCCCAAAUAAAAAACAAACAAAAACACA